GCUAUCGCUGAGGCAUUGGCAAUGUUGGUUGGCGCCAUUGGGCAAGGUCAGCAAGCGAACCUUGGGAACCAUAAUCAGGAUGAAUUCCGUGCUUUGGGAAAGUUUCAGAGGAACAAUCCGCCAACCUUUGAAGGAGCAUACGACCCUGACAAAGCACAGGCAUGGCUGAAAGCAAUUGAGAAGAUCUUUCGAGUCAUGAAUUGUACUGACGCGCAGAAGGUGCAGUUUGGCACCCAUAUGCUUGAGAAAGAAGCUGAAGAUUGGUGGGACAACACUGUUCAGAGGUUUGAAGGUGAUGGGAUGGAGAUUACUUGGGAUCUUUUCAAGGGUGCAUUUCUGGAGAAGUACUAUCCAGAAGAUGUGCGUGGAAAGAAGGAAAUUGAGUUUCUUGAACUCAAGCAGGGUAAUGGAACCGUGGCGGAGUAUGCUACAAAGUUUGAGGAAUUGAUUAAGUUUUGUCCCCACUACAAUACUUCCGAAGCUGAGAGAUCUAAGUGUAACAAGUUUGUGAAUGGUUUGAGACCUGAGAUCAAGAAGGUUGUGGGAUAUCAACAGAUUAUCCGAUUUUCUGACCUGGUUAACAGGAGUAGGAUAUAUGAUGAGGAUAGCAGGGAAAGUGCUGCUCACUACAAGUCUUUGAAAGAGAAGAAAGAAAAGGGGCAAUUCAGAGGGAAACCGUAUGGGAAUCCUGUUGAUAACGGUAAACAAGAAGCUGGUAAUGACAAGAAGCCGAGUGGGGGAGGAGCUCCUAAUCCGGUUAGGUGCUACAAGUGUGGUGUUGAAGGACAUCGUUCUCCUGAAUGUCCCAAUUCAGAAGCAACAUGAUUUAAGUGUGGCAAGCUGGGCCACAAAUCCUUUGAGUGCCUAGAAGGUAAAACUGUGGCAUGCUACAGAUGUGGAGAGCAAGGUCACAUCAGUACUAAUUGUGACAAACCCAAGAAGGAUCCUGCAAGGGGGAAGGUGUUUGCUUUAUCUGGUGCUGAGACUACUGCUGAGGAUAGACUAAUUCGAAGUACGUGCUUUAUUAAUGGCACAUCUUUGAUUGCCAUUAUUAUUAUGGGUGUGAUGCAUUCUUUAUUUCAUUGGAGCUUGAGAGUCAGAUGAGAGAGUCCUACCCCGAAUUGUUCGUUUAAGGAAAUUUUCGAGGGCGAAAAUUCUUAAGUGGGGGAGAGUUGUAACACCCCGUUUUUAAUUAAAAUAAUGUUGGUAUUUUAUUUUAAUUAAGAUUAUAUUGUAUGAGGGUUUAAUAGGUGAUAUAUUAAUACUUUAAUGAAAUAAAAUAUUUUUUUUGUGAUGCUGAGUGUGUUUUAUGAAAUGGAAGAGAGCUAGGGGGUGAAAGUUAGGAUUAAAAAUAGAGACAAGGACUAGGAGAGAUUUUAGGAUUUUUAGUUUAGCCCUUGAGGAAUUAGGUUUAGAUGGUUUAAUAAGGAUGGGGAAGCAGCUAAAGAAAAAAAAAAUAAGAAAGAAUAGGACGCGUGAAAGAAGGAGAAAAAAAAAAAGAAGAAGGUUGUGCGUGAAGUAGCAGGAAGAGAGGGAGAGCGGAUCGGCUUCGGAGAAUUCGAUCGGGAACGGGGAGCUGCACUCAAUCCAAAGGUAAUUAGGAGGAGUAGUCUAUAGCCUUUAUUUCGAGUUGGAGUCCUUGCUCUGAUACGUAGCACUCGGGGGGGAAAUGGACGCUUGUUUUCCUUCUGUUAUAAUUUGAAUUAAGUUGUUAUUUGAGAAGUUGUUUCUGUUUUAAGUUGUGGGCAAGAUACUAUGUUUUCUUUAAGUUUUAAAGACACUGGAUUCGCUGCAUAACUAUUUGUCAAAGUGAACUAGUUCAAAGACUAAUUAACUGUCACAAGAGCAUUUAAGUUUAUUUAUGAGUUCAUCUCAAAGUUUAUGUGCUAUGUAUCUGUUACAGGAGCAUUAUGAUAAUGUUUUAAGUGAUUAUGUAAUGCCCCAUGAGUGUUAGAAUU